CUCAGCAAUAAGUGGCAGCAUCAUUUGAUUUAUAAUGACUUUUAAACAAUGCGUGCGCUGCCGUGCACGCUUGAUUGAUUGACAGUCGUGCAAAAAAGGCGUGUCUGGAUGCAGCCACUCGCUGUACGUUACAAAAAUAGCAGCGUUAUAUUUAUCCAUGCAGCUCCAACUCCAUAAUUCUAGAAGAUCUUACAUCCAGAGCCAUUACACAAGCCCUCCGCUCCUCUCCGGCGAGCGAAGCUCAUCCGCGUGGCGCUUUUGAAGUUGCGUGUGACCUUCUCUCGCUCGCCCUUCCCCCCCCCCGCCCCCCGUGACCCGCGAAGCCCCGGUCAACCGUCUCCCCGAGGUCAGAUCCAUGGCGCGGAACUCGCUCCUGGGUUUCGGGAAGCAGUUGCUGAGGGUGAAGGUGGUGGACUGUAACUCGGAGGACUCCCGUCUGUCUCGAUGCCUCAACACCUUGGACCUGGUGGCCCUGGGCGUGGGCAGCACGCUGGGCGCCGGCGUCUACGUGCUGGCCGGCGCUGUCGCGCGCGAGAAUGCCGGUCCCGCCAUCGUGCUGUGCUUCCUGAUCGCGGCGUUGGCCUCGGUGCUGGCGGGUCUGUGCUACGCCGAGUUCGGAGCCCGUGUUCCCAAGACGGGCUCCGCGUACCUCUACUCCUAUGUGACUGUGGGGGAACUCUGGGCCUUCAUCACUGGAUGGAACCUCAUCCUCUCCUAUAUCAUUGGUACCUCCAGCGUGGCCCGAGCGUGGAGCGCCACCUUCGACGAGUUGGUGGGGAAGCGCAUCGAGCAGUUCUGCAGGGAGUACAUGUCCAUGAACGCACCGGGCGUCUUGGCGAAGUACCCCGACAUGUUCGCCGUCGUCAUCAUAUUCACCCUCACAGGUCUGCUGGCAUUUGGGGUCAAAGAGUCGGCGAUGGUGAACAAGGUGUUUACGUGUAUCAACAUCCUGGUGCUGCUGUUCAUGGUGGUCUCCGGCCUGGUCAAAGGUACCCUGAAGAACUGGCAGCUGGACCCUGAGGAGAUCCUCCAUGCUAAUUAUACCACUAACUCCAGCCUCAAUCUGACGGACAUCCUUCCGACCAGAGAGAGUUUAGGAGCAGGCGGCUUCAUGCCGUUUGGUUUCAGCGGCGUCCUCUCGGGAGCCGCGACCUGCUUCUACGCCUUCGUCGGAUUCGACUGCAUCGCCACCACAGGUGAAGAGGUGAAGAACCCCCAGAGAGCCAUCCCCAUCGGCAUCGUGUCCUCGCUGCUCAUCUGCUUAGUGGCGUACCUUGGGGUUUCUGCCGCCCUCACCCUCAUGAUGCCAUACUACCUGCUGGACGGCAACAGCCCUCUGCCUGUAGCUUUUAAGUACGUGGGCUGGGGAGGCGCCAAGUACGCUGUGGCUGUCGGCUCUCUUUGUGCUCUGUCUACGAGUCUGUUGGGCUCCAUGUUCCCCCUACCCCGUAUCAUCUUUGCCAUGGCUCGGGAUGGCCUGCUCUUCUCCUUCCUGUCCCAUGUCAGCAAGAGGAAAUCCCCCAUAACGUCCACUGUGGCCGCCGGGGUUAUGUCUGCCGUCAUGGCCUUUCUGUUUGACCUGAAGGACCUGGUAGACCUGAUGUCAAUAGGGACGCUGCUGGCCUACACAUUAGUGGCCACCUGUGUCCUGGUGCUCAGGUACCAGCAGAAGCAGCCCGGUCUGGUGUAUGAGAUGGCCAGUACAGAUGAGGUGGAGCUGAGCGACGGCAUCAGGGUCCCCAGUAUGGGCAUCCUGCCCGGGGUGGAGGAGAGAUUCAGUUUCAAGACCCUCCUGUUCCCGAAUAACCCCGAUCCGACGAUACUGUCGGGCUUCGCCGUCAACAUCUGUGCCUCGGUCAUGGGAACGUUGAUCCUGUUGUUCAGCGUCCUGGCGGUGCACGGAGGCGUCGCGGUGUGGAACAUCGUCGCCCUCAUUGUCAUCUUCAUGGUGUGUCUGUUCCUCACCUUCAUCAUCUGGAGGCAGCCUGAGAACAAGGUCAAGCUGUCCUUCAAGGUUCCGCUGCUACCCUUCCUCCCCGUGAUCAGCAUGUUCGUCAACGUUUUCCUGAUGAUGCAGCUGGACAGAGGCACCUGGAUACGCUUUGCUAUCUGGAUGGCUAUCGGUUUCGCGAUCUACUUCGGCUACGGCAUGCGCCACAGCACCGAGGCCGCUCGGGCCCGCUCGUCCUCUCACGCCGAGGCCAACGAGCGCAACCGCGGUUCGGACGCGUCGCCGGAGAAGGAGGCCUUCCUGCACCACGGCGUGGAGGCCAAGGAAGACGACGACGAUCUGUAGGAUGCGUUGGAGCGUGCCGCCGAAACAGUUUUUUUUCGACGUCCCCCUUUGAACCUCAAUUUCACGAACCCUGUGACUUUCCCCUCUUGACUGCAGCGGUGGGAAACAGAAACAACUGGGGCUAGUACUCGAAAGAAGAGCUUCUUGAGCCAUAAUUGACUAUUAUCUCCGUUUUUUCUGAGCUCAUUUGCCCAUUUGUUUGACCUUGAGGUCCAACUGCUCGUUAUCUCGUGGCUGUAUGAGAGGGGCGGGCUCUUGUUGGGGAGGUCGAGUUGAAGGCUAGGUUACAAUACUGGCACGAAGACGGUGUGGAAACGUCUUUCUGUCUGGGUGCCAGAAACCAAAAUGCUAUUUCCAAAAUAUACUACAUUAGAUAACAGUUAGUUUUGAAUACAGAUCGGUACAAAUACUACUAAACCUGUUGAGGUCUGUGGUCAUGUUAUUGUGGUCACUCAGUAUGGAUCUGGCCACACAUUAUCAUGCUGAAACUGUCUCUAAACAACAUUGUGUUGGGACAGUUUUUUCACAUCUAGUGGAUUUUUAAAUUCAAGCCAUCUGAGUAGUAACAGUUCACCUGAUAUCUGGUUUUAAUGUCGUGGAACAUUAGAUGAUGGGGGGGGGAGAGUUAUUUUCACAGUGCUGGCUGCUGUGUUUUUUUUUUUGCAUCUGUAGCAUUUAGAUUAUCUUCCUCAGAUAAAUGAUACAGGCUGACUUUGUUCUGGAAAUUACAUUUGGAAGAAUGUUCUCGUGUUUUUCUCGUGUCUUUUAUGUUACCCGCUUCCUAAAAAAACGCCAAUGCACCUUUCAGAUUAUGAAACCGAGUCAGAUUAAUAUUUACAAUUCAGUGAACGGCGAUGAAGAAUUUGAUCCGGGUGGAGUUGCGCAACACUCAUUGUGCAUUCACUAAAUCCGUUGUUUGAUUGUCAUUCAAAUAUCUAACGCUUUUACAUAUGUGUUCUCUGUUCAGAAACAUCAAAGAGUACUCCACUGGUUUAGAGGUUUAAGAGACUUCACUUCAGGCAAUUCAUCAGACUUUUAAACAUACUUUGUCGAGUAAAAGAUUCCCUUUUAAAUAAGAUUCAUCAUUUAAAUGCAGACCAAUGCAUAUGUUCCCAUCAGUGUUUAACUAAGAAGUGCCUUCUCUGUGGUUAUGGGAGUCCUUUACAACAAGUGUCUAUAAAUAUAAACGUGUAUAAUCGACAUUGUGUAUAAAAAGAUAUUGUUGAUAUUUCUUCCGAGUAAAUUAUUUGUAAAUGUGAGAAGGGCUUAUAUUACGUUGACCUAUUUGUGUCUGACGUUGUGUUGCUGAUAUAUUGUGUUGACAUGAUCAGUGCAACUCAAACGUCACCCUCAGGGUCGCCUUCACCUCCUCCCGCCAUGGCGUUGGGGUCAUGGUGAGAAUCAGUAGAAGUGUGAUAAAGGGACAUUACGCUGCUUCUUCGAGUAUCACUUUGGACUUAUCCAGGGGUUUUGGUAAUGUUGUGUACGAGACAUGAUAAUAUACAUUGUUUAAUUGUUACACAAAACAGUUAUUUGGGUACAGAUAGACGGCUUAUUUCCCAUGAUUGUAUAUUAUUCAAAGAAAUCUACAAAUUCAAUAUUCAAUAACAAUGUAAUAGCAACUAAGACGGUCCCCUUGUAAGUGUUGAAUAUACAGAGGGAUGCAUGUGUAUUUGAAAAUAUACCGUCUGACAUAAUAAGUACUUUUUCCAAACCUCAGUGUUUACUGAGAAGCACAAAGUCCAUACUCAUAUAUAAAUAGAUACACCAUGAUGCUGCUUUAAAGCCACACCGACCCGAGCUUCCCUUUACAUAACACGUCCACAUAUUCAGGCUUUCGGUGUUUCAAAUACAUCACCGGUGUUGAUGGCCGGCUGCUUCAUGUUUAUGUUUAUGUUGUUUUGCUGUGGUUCCUCAAUUUUCUUUGACCCCCCCCGCCCUUUUUUGUUUUUGUUGCAUUUUCCUUUACUGUGUUUAAAUGCUGGGAAAAAGCAACAGUCGGUUUGUUUUUAAUGUUUUCUUAUUUUGUUAAAUCAUCUCCGGGCUUCAUUAGCCUUUUUAUUGAGCUUUCCUUCAUAUCUCACAGCCAGCGUGCGUUCUGCUGUCAUGUAUAUAUUUCCAGCACCUGUGGCCCAAGCAUGUCAUCGGCGAGAAUAAACUGGCUUCCGUGAUCCUGAUGAUAAACAACUGCCGGAGGAAGCCGGUUUCUGACACAAUAAAAGACAGAUUUGUUU